AUGAAGAUUACAAUUCUUCCGUUUUUUGUAAAGAUAUCAUUAUUUUUAUUUUUUUUUGUUCAUAAAAAUUUUAUAUAUAGUUAUAAGAUCAAUGGAGGUUUCUUAAAAUAUGAGAAUUAUAAUAAAGGGGGCAUGUUAUUGAGAAGCUCUCUUGAGGAGGAGAAAAAUGUGUACACUUCAGAUAUUAUGUUGAGAAAAAAUGAUAGUGUGGAAAAAAAUAAGAGAAAGAUAAGAUAUUCCUUCAGUCCGAUAAAAACGAAUACUUUAAUUAAUAUAAAAAAGAAGAUUGCAUUAAAUGAACGAAGAAGUAAUUUUGUAAAAAAUAAGAAAUAUAAUUCUAUGAGAUCUGGUGUAGAAAGAAGAAAAAUAAGAGGACCCCCCAAAAAAGAUAUACAUAAAUUAUUAAUAGAUGAUAUAAAUAAAGAAAGAAUGAAAGAAAAGAUAUAUUCUAUAAAAAAUAUAGAUAAUGAUAACAAUGAUAUGAAGAUAAUAGAUGAUGAUAAUGUGAAUAUUCUACCUUUACCUGUUGAAAAAAAUAUGGAGGGUUAUAAUUGCCUUAUAUUAUGUAAAGGUUUACCUUUCCAUGUUGAUAAUUCUCAAAUAAUUGAAUUUUUUAAACCUUAUAAAAUUAUGGAAAAAUAUAUAAUAUUUAUGAGAGAUAAGAAAGGACAUUUUUUCGGUGAUAUAUUAGUAAGAUUUAUAAAUAAAGAACAGAAAUAUUUAGCAUUAAAAAAUAAAAAUUAUAAAUUUUUGUUACAUAGAUAUAUACAAUUAUAUAAUGUAAAUGAAGAACAUUAUGAAGAAUAUUAUAAUAUAGGUUAUAAAAACCCACCAGCUUAUAAAAAUUAUGUACCUAUUAAAAAUAUAAUUCUUCCAAAUACUAUCGAAGAUACUACAAAUUAUACCCUUCAUGAUAAUGAACUUAUGUAUAAUUAUAAUGGAAAUAAUAAUAAUUAUCAUCUUGUAGAUGAUCAUAUUCAUUCAUUUAAUUAUAAUCAAGAUGAUGAUGAAGAAACCAAAGAACUUCGUGAGAAGGUAAAUGUAAAUGGUAUAAUGCUGAAAAAUUUAUAUACAGGUAGGAAAUUAAGAGGAAGAAUUACAUCAGUGCAUUCAUAUGGUGCAUUUCUCGAUUGUAAUGUCUAUAUAAAAAAUCAAGAUAAUCGAUAUAAGAAAAUUUUAGCUUUACUUCAUAAAAAUAAAUUGACGUUAAAUGUUGGAUUAUCAUCAGAUUCCUCAAGUGAGAAGGAAAACAAGGAACUUAUAUUACAAAAAAAUAUGAACAUUAUAGUAUAUGUGGAUAAAAUUAUAAAGCGGGAGCUUCCUCCUGAAAAAGAAAAAAUAAACAAUGAAAGUAUUAAUAAUAAGAUGAUAAAUCGUACUAUAAAUGAAAAUCCACAUAAUAAUAAUAAUAAUUACAAUAAUAAUAAUUACAAUAAUAAUAAUUACAAUAAUAAGGACGUCAAUUCUUUUAAUUGUAGUAAAGAAAAGGACAACAAUUUUAUUUUCUUUAAUUUGACUUUAGAUUCUUCCAUAACAGAAGAAAAAAUUAAUUGGUUACAAAAUUUGAAAUUCAAGAAAGACUCAAUUAAUCAACAAAUUCUUUUGAACAAUCAAAAAGUUAACCAGGAAAAUAAAACAGACAUGAACAAAAUAUAUAUUAAUCAUAAUAAUAAUAAUAAUAAUAAUAAUAAUGAUAUAGUACAUUGUGAAAGUAACAACGACAAUGUAUUAGACCCAUCCUAUAAAAAUGAAAUUGGUAAUAAUCAAAUCGCUAAUAUAGAUAAUCACAAUGUUCAAAAUUAUUAUCAAGAGGAUAACCAAAAAAAACAAAACAAGCAAAAAUUCAAUAGUAUAAUAGAUAAACCUAAUACUAAUUCUAAUGAUAAUAUCUUUAUCAAUAAUUGUAAUAUUAUAAGAAAAAAUCGAGUCACCAAAGUUUUUUUGAUGAAUAAUAAAAUGUGCAAUAAUCAUUAUAUUAAUGAAAAAAAAAAUUAUUUUUAUAAUAAUACAUUUAAGGAAAAAUGCUCAUUCGGAAAAAAUUGUAACAUGAUAUUUCAAAAUAAAAAUAUAGAGACAGAAAAUACAAAUAAAAAGCAAGAUGAAAAUAUUGGAGGAGAGGUCAAGAAAAAAAAAAAAGAAAAAAAAAAAAAAAAAAAAAAAUUGGAACAUAACAAAUUAAAUGAUAAUAAUAUAGAGACUGUUGAUGAGUUUGAUGAUUUAUUUGAUGUUUUAAUAAAUGAUCAAGAUGGUAAUAAUAUAGAAAAGGGUGAAACUAUUAUUGAUACAGAUGUAGUGGGUAAUAUAAAUGGAAAUAUAAAUAACAAUAAUGAUAAUAAUGAUGAUGAUAAUAAUAAUAAUGAUGAUGAUUAUUAUAGAGAUGAAAUGAAAUGCAUACUGAAAAAUAUAUAUAGUCACAAAGAAACGAAUAAUAAUAAAAAAAAAAACAGCUUUUCUGAUGAAAAGGAAAUUAAAUCAAUGAAAAAUUACGAUAGUAAUAAAAUACAGAAAUAUAUACAAACAAGUAAUAAUAAUGAUAAUAAUGAUGUUAAUAAUAAUAAGAGUAAACCUUAUGAUGAUGAAAAAGGUAAUGUUUCCAAAUUAGAAAAGUGCAAAUCUUUUGAACGUUUAAGUGAUAGAGAAAAAUGGAAAAGUGAUAUUAGAAGAGAAGAAUCAUUAUAUUAUACCAAGUUAUUUAAAUGUAACGAAGAUAUUAAUGAUUAUUAUUCUACUAAUAAUAAGAAAGAAAUAGAAAAUGAUAAUUUAUCAUAUGACGAUAAUAAUGAAAAGGAUGAAAUGUUAGAUAAUAAUAUGAUGUUUAAUGCUAAAUUGAAUAAAUGUAAUAAUGAAUUAUAUUAUAAAAUCAAUGACAAUAUUAAUAAUAUUAAUUAUAAUAAUAAUAAUAAUAAUAAUUCUUUUGAUUUCUCAUCCUUCUCAGAUAUGUCUAUAGAACAAUUAAAAGAAGAAAUAUUUAAAAGGAAAUAUUUAUUACCUAUAGAUGUAACACAUGAAAAUUUAAAAAGUAGGUUAAUACAAAUAUGUAUAUGUGAAAACAAUAAAUUGAAAUUUGAUAAUUUUCCUGUUAUUAGAUAUUAUCUAUAUGAUGUACAUUUUUCAAUAGAAGAAAUUAAAAUGAUUAUAUUAACUAAUAAAAAUUUUUUAAAUAAAUCCAAUAUAAAUAAAUGUUUUUUAGAUUCGUUAAAUAUAAAUGAACUUAAAUAUUUAUUACAUAAAUCUAUGGAAAAUUUCCGGUUAUGGGAACCAGAUGAUAAUAUCAAAAGAAAAAUUUUAAAUAUGAAUAAAGAUUUACUAUUAAAACAAAAUUUAAACAAUACAAAUCAUAUUGACGAAAGAAACCUACUAAUAUUAUGGAAUGAUUUUAAAGAUUUUAUGUUAAAUUUUAUAUAUACCAUUGAUGAAAGCUCUGAUCCUUUAGAAAAUAUAAAAAAUAUGAAUAUGGAUACUAUACAAAGCCCCCGUCUCAAAAAUGAUAAAACAUAUAAUAAUAGUAAUAAUAAUAAUAAUAAUAAUAAUAAUAACAGCAGUUGUUUUUAUAAUAAUUCAUAUCAUAAUAAUUAUAUUUAUAGAAUGAAAAAAUUAGAAAAAGAAAACUUUUUUCUAAAACAUAAUCAACCUUUAAUCAAUCAAAUUGAAAAUCAAUUAAACACAAAAAAUCAUGAAAAUAAAGAUGCAUUUGAAAAUGCAUGGAUAAAAUUAAAUGAAAUUAAUAAAGAAAAUGAACAGGAUCUACCACACAGGAUAGAUGUAAAGAAAGCUAUGGCCAUUCUAAACGACAGGUCCUUAUUAAAAAAAAUGAAAAAAUCAAUUGAUGAUGUAUCAGAUGAAUAUGGAAAUAGAGAUUAUAUAAACAAAGUUAUUCGUUAUAUUUUAAAACAUAAAAAUUAUUUUAAUGAAGAAUUAAAUGAGGAAAAAUUGAAAAGUAUGUCCUAUGAUCAGUUAUUGAUCUUGCUAGAUAAACUACCCCUCGAACUUAUCGAAGAAUUACUCUAA